GAAAAAAAAAGGUUUAACGAAAACAGUGGUUGGCUGCAAUCUUUCUUUCUGGAGAGUCCAACGGAAAGAACGUGAGAAAGGAAAACAAAAAGAAGACAACUUUCCUUUUUACCAAACACAAAAAAGGAAAAAGAAAAAGGAAAUUAAAUGUUUAAACUCCAUUUUUCUUCUUCUUCUUCUUCCUUUUCUCCUUCUCCUCUCACAAUAAUUAUAAUUUCAAUAAUUUCAAUUUGAUCUUCACGAUUCCAGACCUCAACUUCUAAUUCUUCCCCUCUCCCUACCAUCUAUGAAGGAGUUGGAUGGAUCCUUUUCUCGGUUUCUUCAACCAGCUUCUCCUUCUCAGAUCUUACCUUAUCUCUGGUUAGUUCGAUUGGGGAAAGAUAGCCAUCUGGCAAUUUUAGAGAUCUGGAACUCGUGUUGAUCUCUUGUGUACGAUGAGGACUUUCUUCCCUUCCGAGUCCUGUAAAGAAACGCAGCUUAAUGCUUUCUAUCCGCAGGCUUGGCUCCAGGUUGAAAGGGGGAAGCUUUCUAAACUCUCCUUACACUCCUCUUCUUCGUCCAUAGAAUCUCUUAUCAAGGUCCCUGAGCCACCAAUUCUGCCGUACUUCAAACCUGUUGAUUAUGUAGAAGUUUUAGCUCAAAUUCAUGAAGAACUUGAGUCAUGUCCUGCCCAUGAGAGAUCGAAUCUCUAUUUGCUUCAGUUUCAGGUCUUUAGGGGGCUUGGCGAGGUUAAGCUUAUGCGAAGAAGUCUUCGCUCUGCUUGGCAGAAAGCUAGCAUUGUUCACGAAAAGCUUAUAUUUGGAGCGUGGUUAAAAUAUGAAAAGCAAGGGGAAGAGAUUAUUACUGACUUACUUGCAACUUGUGAAAAAUGCGCACAAGAGUAUGGACCUGUCGAUAUUUCUACCCAAUUCCCUCUAGAUACUGGGGUUGAUGCUGGAAAUCCCUACGACAAUUGUGCAGCUGAUGGGAAACCAAUAUCGAAACAUGUCACUUUUAAAAUUAAUGAUGAGGAUAUUGUUUGUGAUAGGGAGAAAAUUUCUGGUCUCUCAGCUCCUUUUCAUGCUAUGCUUAAUGGAUGCUUCACUGAAUCAAACCGUGAGGUAAUUGAUCUGUCUGAAAACAAUCUUUCCCCAUCGGGAAUGAGGGCUAUAAGGGAGUUCAGCAACACAGGAAACCUGGGUGAAGUUUCUCCAGACCUUUUGUUGGAAAUAUUGAUUUUUGCAAAUAAGUUUUGUUGUGAAAGGCUCAAAGAUGAUUGUGAUAGAAAACUAGCAUCUCUUGCAUCCACUAGAGAAGAUGCUGUGGAGCUCAUGGACUAUGCCCUUGAAGAAAGUUGCCAUAUUCUUGCUGCAUCAUGUCUGCAAACUUUUCUUAAUGACCUUCCUGAUUGCUUGAGUGAUCAUCGCGUGGUGGAUAUAUUUAUGCAUGCUAAUAGAGAACAACGAUCAAUUAUGGUGGGUCAUGCCUCGUUUUCCCUUUAUUGUUUAUUAAGUGAAGUUUUCAUAAACCUCGAUCCUCGAUCAGAGAAUACGGCUUGUUUCCUAGAAAGGUUGGUUGAAUUUGCCGAAACUGAUAGGCAGAGACUCUUUGCUUGUCAUCAAUUGGGAUGUGUAAGGCUCUUAAGGAAAGAGUAUGAUGAAGCCAAACGUCUAUUUGAGGCUGCUUUUAAUGCAGGCCAUAUUUAUUCUGUUGUUGGGUUGGCUCGGUUAAGCCAAAUAAAUGGUAACAAGCAAUGGUCCUCUGACAGUCUGACCUCUGUUAUCUCUACUGGUGUCCCACUUGGGUGGAUGUAUCAGGAGAGAUCAUUAUAUUGUGAUGCCAAUAAAAAAUUGGCAGAUCUUGAGAAAGCAACUGAUUUGGAUCCAACUCUGACUUAUCCCUAUAUGUAUCGAGCUGCUUCCUUAAUGAGGAAACAGGAUGUUCAUGCAGCUCUUGCCGAAAUCAACCGUAUCCUUGGGUUUAAACUUGCACUUGAAUGUUUGGAACUCCGGUUUUGCUUCUACCUUGCUCUUGAAGAUUAUCAAGCGGCAAUCUGUGACAUUCAAGCUAUUCUUACUCUCUCUCCUGAUUAUCGGAUGUUUGAGGGGAAAGCAGCCGCAUCACAACUCAGAACUCUUGUGCGUGAGCAUGUUAGUAAUUGGACAACAGCAGAUUGUUGGAUUCAAUUGUAUGAUAGAUGGUCUUCCGUUGAUGAUAUCGGGUCUCUGUCUGUAAUCUACCAGAUGCUCGAGUCUGAUGCGGCAAAAGGUGUUCUGUACUUCAGGCAGUCCUUGCUUCUUCUACGGUUGAACUGUCCUGAAGCUGCCAUGCGAAGUUUGCAAUUAGCUCGUCAACAUGCAUCCAGCGAACACGAGAGGCUGGUUUAUGAGGGUUGGAUCCUGUAUGAUACAGGCCAUUGUGAGGAAGGGCUCCAAAAGGCUGAGGAAUCAAUUAAAAUUAAGAGAUCCUUUGAAGCUUUCUUUUUGAAGGCCUAUGCACUGGCUGACUCAAGCCAAGACCCGUCUUGUUCUUCUACAGUUAUUUCCCUCCUAGAAGAUGCUUUGAAGUGCCCUUCGGAUAGGUUGCGCAAAGGUCAGGCACUAAACAAUCUGGGAAGUGUUUAUGUUGAUUGUGGGAAGCUAGACUUAGCAGCUGAUUGCUACAUUAAUGCCCUCAAAAUUCGUCACACUCGAGCACAUCAAGGGCUUGCUCGGGUUCAUUAUCUAAGAAAUGAUAAAGCCGCUGCAUAUGAGGAGAUGACCAAACUAAUUGAGAAAGCACGCAAUAAUGCAUCUGCAUACGAGAAGAGAUCUGAGUAUGGUGACCGUGACUUGACCAAAUCAGAUCUAGAUAUGGUUACUCAAUUGGACCCUCUUCGGGUGUACCCAUACAGAUACCGUGCUGCAGUGUUGAUGGAUAGCCACAAGGUAGACGAAGCGAUUGCCGAACUAUCAAGAGCAAUAGCAUUCAAAGCAGACCUUCAUCUUCUACACCUACGAGCGGCAUUCCACGAGCAUACUAAUGAUGUAUUGGGGGCUCUUCGGGAUUGUCGAGCUGCCCUUUCGGUUGACCCAAACCAUCAAGAAAUGCUGGAGCUUCAUAGCCGCGUAAACAGCCAGGAACCAUGAGGGUAGAAGGGGUGAUUUAAACAAAAUGCCAAAGUUGCAAUAUCAUCAGCACCAUGUAUACUAGAGCAUGUGUAUGUAACGACCAUUUCAUAGAUUUUUCCCCCCAUAUUUCAGGUUUUGUAAGUUUAUAUUUGUAAGAUUUUUGGUAAUUAUAAUCAAUUAAUGUAAAAUCAUCUGUUUCCUGUUCUGUGUUCUUAAUGUAUUCUGAUGAAUCAAUGUAAAGCGGCUUCAAACAGUGGGGAAGAAAUCUAAUUAUUUCCAACUCUUGAAAGAAAAGAGAAUUUGGGUUUA